CAGACUGUCCCAGACAUCACGGAGGGAUGCUGCUUUGGUUGCAGCUCAUGCUGUGUGGAGGGCCUCUGGCUCAAGUUCUGAGCUACCAGCUGGAACUACAGGAGUCGGUGACAGUGCAGGAGGGCCUGUGUGUCCAUGUGCCGUGCAAAUUUUCCUACCCCUGGCUGGCUUUUAUAAGCUCCCACAUGUUUUGGUUCCAGAAAGGGGCAGAUGUAGACCACGAUCCUCCAGUGGCCACAAACAUACCAAGCCAGAAGCUGCAUGAGAGGACCCAGGGCCGGUUCUUCCUCCAUGGGAACCCCCAGGCCCAGGACUGUUCCCUGGACAUCAUAGAAGUCAACAUGGGGGACAGUGGAACUUACUUUUUUCAAAUAGGGAAAUAUUCAUAUCUAGAUAAUAUGCUUUCUCUAAAUGUGACAGCCCUGACUCACACACCUGACAUCCUCAUCCCGAGAACCCUAGAGUCCAGCCACCCCAGGAACCUGACCUGUUCUGUGCCCUGGGCCUGCAAGCAAGGCAUAGCCCCCAUCUUCUCCUGGACAUCAGCUGCCCUCACCUCCCCGGGUCCCAGGACUCACCUCUCCUCGGUGCUCAUCCUCAGCCCCCGGCCGCAGGACCACGGCACCAAUCUAACCUGUCAAGUGUACUUCCCUGCAGCUGAUGUGAUGGUGGGAAAGACCAUCCAGCUCAAUGUCACCUAUGCUCCACAGAACACAGCUAUCAGGAUCUUCCAAGGAAACAGAACAGUGCUGGAGACUCUGCAAAACACCUCAUCCAUUCUCAUCCUGGAGGGCCAGGCUCUGCAACUGCUCUGUGCUGCUGACAGCAACCCCCCUGCGGAGCUGAGCUGGUUCCGGGGGUCCCCCGCCCUGAAUGCCACCCCCAUCUACAGAAAUCCCAUCCUGGACCUGCCUCAAGUAGGGGUUGCGGAGGAAGGAGACUUCACCUGCCGAGCUCAGAACUCGCUGGGCUCCCAGCACGUCUCCCUGCACCUCUCUGUGGUCUACCCCCCGCGGCCGCUCAGCCCCUCCUGCUCCUGGGAGGGCGAGGCGCUGCAGUGCACCUGCUCCUCCCACGCGCGCCCGGCCCCCACCCUGCACUGGCGGCUGGGGGAGGGGCUGCUGGAGCGGAACCACAGCAAUGCCUCCUUGACCGUCACCUCCAGCGCUGAGGGACCCUGGGCCAACAGCUCCCUGAGCCUCCGUGGGCCGCUGGGCUCUGGCCUCAGACUCAGCUGCGAGGCCUGGAAUAUGCACGGGAAACAGAGCGCCGCUGUCCUGCUGCUGCCAGGUAAAUCAGAACCCAGGACUAGUGGGGUCCUGGGAGCAGUUGGGGGAGCUGGCAGCAUGGCCCUGCUUUCUCUUUGCCUUUGCCUCAUCUUCAGAGUGAAGACCCGCAGGAAGAAAGCAGCCCAGCCAGUGCAAAGCAUGGAUAUGAGCCCAGAUGACAGCUCAGACUCUGGGGCACAUCAGGACCAGUCCUGGAUGGACAUCCCUGAAGACCACCCAGCUCCUGCUGGGGCUAGCCCCAUUUCAAGAGAGGAACAGGAGCUUCACUAUGCUUUCCUCCAAUUUCCCAAGCUGAAGCCUCGGGAACAGGAAAGCAUCAACACUGAGUACUCAGAGAUCAAGACACACAAAUGAGGAACUAUUUUUCUCAUAGUUCUGGAGGCUGGAAGUCUGAGAUCAACAUGUCAGCAGAGGUCUCUCUCCUUGGCUUGUAUUUGGUCUUCACCUGGUCUUCCCUCUGUGUGAGUCUGUGUCCUAAUUUCUUCUAAUAAGGACACCAGAUGUACUGGAUUAGGGCCCACCCUUGUGACUUCAUUCUAACUGAAAUUUAAAGACCCUAUCUCCUACAGUCUCAGUCUCAUUCUAAGAUACUGGGGAUUAGGACUUCCAAUGUAUUGUUAAUCUUAUGAUUUUUCAGCCAAUAAUGCUCAGCCUUGACUAUUUUAAAAUUAAUGGUCUUCUUGGCAAUGGUUUGAAACUCCCAGUAUGUGUGGAAAACCACAGGAAUUGUGUUCAAAAGAACUGAACUCAAAUCCAUCUAUGCCAUGGAUUGAGAAAUCAGGGAAGUCAUCCUUAUCCAGCCAGAUGAUCGCAGAAGAUGGAUGAGAGGCUACAAAUAAAACAGAUAAGUCCUGACACAAAUGUUUUUGGGAACUCUGAACACAUGGUAUGUGUCAAGACUUCUGUUAGCUGCUUUAACAGAAAGCUUCUGCUAAUGAUUUCUCUGAAAGCUUGGAGGGGACAAUCCCAGGGGCCACACAACUUUUCCGCCAGGAUCAAGGCAAGGAUGGCUGCCCUUACUACUUCUAUUAAACAGUAUUUUGUAGAUCCUUUCCAGUGCAAUAAAUGCAGGAAAUAGAAAUAAGAGUUAUCCAGAUCAUAAAGUAAGAAGCAAAACAGUCUUGGGAUACCUGGGUGGCUCCAUCAGUUAAGUGGCUGCCUUCAGCUCAGGUCAUGAUCUCCGGGUCCUGGGAUGGAGCCCUGAGUCUGGCUCCCAGCUUUGCAGAGUCUGCUUCUCCCUCUCCCUUUGCCUGCCUCACCUACAUUCCC